AUGCCCCACCCCCUCAGGACCUCAGGGGGCGGGGCAUCUAAUUCUGGAGGAAGACGUAAUGUCAGCUUCAUCUUCAUCAUCACCCUCAUCUUCAUCAUCACCAUCACCCUCAUCAUCACUCUCAUCAUCAUCAUAAUCAUCAUCAUCAGCCUCAACAUCAUCAUCACCCUCAUCAUCAUCAUAAUCAUCAUCACCCUCAUCAUCAACAUCAUCAUAAUCAUCAUCAUCACCCUCAUCAUCAUCAUAAUCACCCUCAACACCAUCAUCACCCUCAACAUCAUCAUCACCCUCAUCAUCACCAUCAUCAUCACCAUCAUCUUCAUCAUCACCUUCAUCAUCAUCCUCAUGAUCACCCUCAUCACCAUCAUCAUCAUCACCCUCAUCAUCACCAUCAUCACCCUCAUCUUCAUCAUCACCAUCAACUUCAUCAUCCUCCUCCUCAUGAUCACCCUCAUCACCAUCAUCCUCAUAAUCAUCAUCACCCUCAUCUUCAUCAUCAUCACCAUCAUCAUCAUCAGAGUGAGGCACAAAACUCAUUGA